AUGGAGUGGGACUUCCCAAGAUAUAUACAGCAGAUAUUGGAGGACGCUAAGGAGGAGUGUAAGGACAGGAAAACUUCGCAAAUAUGUUCUCGAGCUUUAGAUUUGAGAGAUGACAGCCUUAAGGACACCGGAGAAAUAACUCCUUGUUCCGAAGCCGUCUCUUUGUUUAGUGGAAAAGAGGAGGAACUAAGGAGGAUAUGGAGGUACAGCAGGGCUAUUUGUAGGGGUAUGGAAAGAUGGGGACGAAAUUUGAGGAGCGUUGGGAUAAGACCCCCCAAAUAUGAGGAGGGAAAAUGUAGUCCGGGGGGGACAGGAUACGGCGGGUCAAGACAAGUAAGAGGACAACAGUGUAAGUUCGAGAAGAACCUUUUAAAAUGGGAUCAUCUUAGCCAGCAGCAGCAGUUACUUUAUAAAGAGCAAAAUCACAGAAGUCUAAGUGCGUGUAUGGAUAUAGUGACACAGAUCAUGGGAGCCUUCGACAUGACUAGUACUAAGAUGAGGGAAGUUGAGGACGUACGGAAGAAGAGUCCUUGUCAGUUGCUUUAUAAGAGCUUAGUAAGAUGGGGCGGAGAUAGGAAUGCCAGCAGAAUAAUGGAGGAGUGGUUUAUCAGCAGUGAGAAAACGGAGGAGGGUAACAGAUACUUUACCCUGACAGGCAGGGACUUGUAUGAGAUAAUAAGUGAAUUUCUUUAUGGAGAUGACGCGGGGGAUAAGGCUUUGGGCUGUGAGAAGGAAAUGGGCCAUAGCCGAAACGGACAAGAGGGUGAAGUCACCUAUAACACAACAACACAGAGCCAAAGAACCUUGGGUAAUUGCCAGCUUGACCAGGACACGUGCUGGGCCCAUCUGGAAGAUGUCAAAAGUAGCCUGAGCCUUGACGAAAAUCCUGACCUGUCUAGUACGGAACAACCCACUUCGGGAGCCCACGAGAAGUUAGGGAUGGAUUCGGAUAAUCUGGAGAAUGGCGGGAAGCAGAGGGAUCUCGAUAAGCCAGGGUCUCCGACCAGCUCAAUGCAACAGCGGUCGCAGGGGGAGGGAUAUAAGACAACUCAGUCAGGGGGAAGUGGCUUAGACUCAUUGGGCAGUAUAAUCGGGGGCGUUGUGACUAUCGUAUUGGGGGGUGCCGCCCUGUAUGGUUAUUAUCGUAUUUUUCCAGCAAGGAGAAGGAAAGGAUUACUUAGGAAGAGGGGAGGGUCCAUAAUUCUGAGGAUUCCUAAGGGCGAAGGGGAGCCAUAUUCGCAGGCGGGUCUUAGUUAG